AUGGCCCCCGAAGCCGCCCUCGGCUCGGGUGGCCCCCAUAACCACGCCGCCUCCACCACCGACGACGACGGCAGCUCGCCCUACGACAUCCCCGACCGCUACGAGAACCUCGACGAGCUCGCCGCCACCAGCGACGCGCCGCUCGACGACAUCCGCAGCGGCGAGCAGCAGGUCCAUCCGCCGCAGCCGCAGAUAGCGCAAUCACCGCUGCGAGACGAUGAAGACAAGGCCGCCCACGAAGUAUCGCGCCUGGCCACGCAGGUCUACACGCUCUCCUAUCUCGUCCUCUUCGCCAUCUUCGGCACCCUCGCCCGCGUCGGCCUCGCCCACCUCACCGCCUACCCCGGCGCGCCCGCCGGCAGCUUCCCGACGCUGUGGGCCAACGUCGGCGGCAGCCUCGUCAUGGGCUUCCUCGUCGAGGACCGGAAGCUGUUCCGCUACGAAUGGGGCACCUCCUCAACAUCGGCUACCUACGACGCGGUGCUUCGCCGGCGACGCGCCGGCAGCGCCGCCUCGGUCGACCUCGCGGCGGCGAAGCGGGCGCACCUGGCGGCGAAGAAGACCAUCCCGCUGUACAUUGGCCUCGCCACCGGCUUCUGCGGCAGCUUCACGAGCUUCUCCACGUUCAUCCGCGACGUCUUCCUCGCGCUGUCCAACGACAUGGUCGGCCCGGACCUGCGCGGGCUAGGCCCGGAGUCCCGACCCGCCGGCGACUCCGUCAUGGCCGUCCUCGCCGUCAUCAUACAGACGGUCGGCCUGUCGCUCGCCGCCUACCGCGCGGGCGCGCACCUCGGCGCCGCCCUCGAGCCCUACACGCCGUCCGUGCCGUCUCUCGGCCGGCGCGCGCGCCACGCUCUCGACGCCCUCGGUGUCUUUCUCGGCUGGGGCUGCUGGCUCGGCGCCGUGCUCCUGGCCAUCUUCCCCCCGCACGAGCGCUGGCGCGGGACGGUCGUCUUCGCCAUCGUGUUCGCGCCGCUCGGGUGCCUCGCGCGCUUCUACCUCGCCCUGCUGCUCAACGCGCGCCGGCCAUCCUUCCCGCUCGGCACCUUCGCGGCCAACAUCCUUGGCACGAUGAUCCUCGGUGCGGCGUGGGACAUUGCGCACUCGGCGGCGAGUGGCGGCGGCGUCCUGGGGUGUCAGCUGCUGCAGGGCGUGGAGGACGGCUUCUGUGGCUGCCUGACGACGGUGUCGACGUGGGUGGCGGAGCUGAGCAGUCUCCGACGGCGGAGCGCGUAUGUGUACGGCGUGGUCAGCGUGGCGCUGGCGACGGCGCUGAUGGUCGUCAUCAUGGGCAGCUUGCGGUGGACGCAGGGCUUCGCGCCGCUGCAAUGCCAUCCGUGA